CCCCAAUACAAACGGAAACUGUAAACCAUUCCUGUCCACGCAGAAGAGGCUUCUCCAUCGGUUACGGUAGCUGCCUAUGUAUCAGAAGGGCCGACUCUUUAACCGAAGAUCUCGAAGCUUUUCCAGGAGCCGAAUCGCCAUUGAAGGAUCUUAGUUAUUCUAUUAUCUUCAUCACAUUUUCGGAUUAUUCACCUUUUCAAUUCUGAUUUGACAAUGGCUGCUCAUGACAAUGCUAAAAUGUUGGAACAAGAGCGUGAGAUUCAGAAGAAUUACUGGAUGGAGCACUCGGCGGAUCUGACGGUGGAGGCUAUGAUGCUCGAUUCGAAGGCUUCCGAUCUCGAUAAAGAAGAACGACCAGAGGUAUUGUCUCUGUUGCCACCGUAUGAGGGGAAAUCAGUGGUUGAGUUAGGAGCUGGAAUCGGUCGUUUUACUGGCGAAUUGGCUCAGAAGGCUGGCCAUCUUCUUGCUAUGGAUUUCAUUGAGAGUGCCAUAAAGAAGAAUGAGGACAUUAAUGGGCACUACAAGAAUGUUGAGUUUAGAUGUGCUGAUGUGACAUCCUCAGAUCUUAAUAUACCUGAAGGAUCUGUGGAUUUGAUUUUCUCAAAUUGGCUUCUCAUGUAUUUGUCAGAUGAAGAGGUUGAAAAUUUGGCAGAAAAGAUGGUAAAAUGGUUGAAGGUUGGUGGGUUCAUAUUUUUUAGGGAAUCUUGUUUCCACCAAUCUGGUGACUCCAAGCGGAAAUACAACCCAACCCAUUACAGGGAACCUAGAUUCUAUACCAAGGUUUUUAAAGAAUGCCAAACUCGUGAUGAAUCUGGAAAUUCCUUUGAAUUGUCUCUUGUUGGCUGCAAAUGUAUUGGUGCUUAUGUGCGAAACAAAAAGAAUCAAAAUCAGAUCUGUUGGACAUGGCAGAAAGUCAAUUCACAAGAGGAUAGAGGGUUUCAGCAGUUUUUAGAUACUGUUCAGUAUAAAUGCAGUGGCAUAUUGCGUUAUGAGCGUGUGUUUGGCUCGGGUUAUGUGAGCACUGGAGGAAUUGAAACGACCAAGGAAUUUGUGGCAAAGUUAGACCUUAAGCCUGGUCAGAGGGUUCUAGAUGUUGGCUGUGGAAUUGGAGGGGGAGACUUCUAUAUGGCUGAAAACUUUGAUGUUGAAGUUGUUGGCAUUGACCUCUCUGUAAAUAUGGUUUCCCUUGCUCUUGAACGUGCCAUUGGGCUUAACUGCUCUGUUGAAUUUGAAGUUGCUGAUUGCACAACAAAGACAUAUCCUGAUAACUCAUUCGAUGUGAUAUACAGCCGGGACACCAUAUUGCACAUUCAAGACAAACCUGCAUUGUUCAGGUCAUUCUACAAGUGGUUAAAACCAGGAGGAAAGGUUCUCAUAAGUGAUUAUUGCAAGAGUGCAGGAACCCCAACUACAGAAUUUUCAAAUUAUAUUAAGCAAAGAGGAUACGAUCUCCAUGAUGUAGAAGAAUACGGCCAAAUGCUUAGGAAUGCUGGUUUUAAGGAAGUCAUUGCAGAAGACCGUACCGAACAGUUCUUACAAGUUCUGCAACGGGAAUUAGAUGUACUUGAAAAAGGAAAGGACGAAUUCAUCAACGACUUCUCUGAAGAGGACUAUAAUGAUAUAGUUGGUGGAUGGAAAGCAAAGCUGAUCAGGAGUUCAUCUGGUGAGCAAACGUGGGGAUUGUUUAUUGCCAAGAAAAAUGAAGAGUGAAGUUCGAUAAGGCAGGCGCUAAAUUUAGUGACAAUGGUAUGUUUAUGUUUCUGGUAGUGAAUUUCUAUUGUGUUCUUUUAAUAAUGAAGACCACUUUGAUGGACUUCUGUAAUUUCCCGGCAGUAGCUUCCUACCUUUGAAGUGCUUGUGUCUUGUUUCAAGAUUUUCAUUAUUAUUAUUAUUAUUAUUAUUAUUAUUAUUACCAUUGUAUUCUACUUUUAUGAUAUUGAAACAUGAGAUUUGGAACAAAGUACUUUUGUUGUCUCAAAA